CAUGAAAUGAAUCAACAGUGUAAGCUUAUAAUAUUCCGUUAAUAUUCUGCAGUUGGUAUCAUAUUUUUGUGUUUGUCUGAAACAGCAGCCCGUCGCGAAGUGAGUUGACACUUGUGAUGGAAAUGUACAGGGUCAUACAUAUGUUUGUACUUAGGAUAUUUUUACUGGAUGUUGACAAAGUUCAUGCGUGUUUUUGUCCAAUAUCUCACCCACAAACAGAUUAUUGCCAUCUGAGUAGCUUUGCUCUCGUCGGGUCCGUCAGUGACUUCGUUGACAGUAAUUAUGACAGGAGAUUCAAUGUAAUAGUCCAAUUCAUGUUGAAGGUCCCAGAAGGUUAUACACACAGAAAACGCCUUAAACUGAAGACUUAUAAGGGACCUAUUCUGUGCGAGCUAAACUUAUUGCCAGGAAUUCGCUAUCUGAUAACAGGAUAUGUGAACAGUGACGACGAGUACCUAGUAAAUUCCUGUAUGUGGGCAGAAGACUGAACACGCUGACAUCAAGCGAAUACAACGGUCUCCUUGGGGACUACGACUGCAGCUGCUAUGUAAGAUAUACAUGUAUACUCACGUAAACACGUAAAAAUAAUGUGUGAUUAUUUGACAUGUUAUUUUCCAAAGAAAUCAAGCUUAUUUAACAGUGAGAGGAGGGCAGGAGGAUGAUCUUGGUUCAAAGUUUACAACGGUAUGCUAGGCUACAGUAUUGAUCGGUCUCUACAGAUGUCAGCCUAAAGCGUUUUUUUUCUUUUUUCGGUUUUUUCUUGGUUUUUCUCUCUCGAAACGAGUCAUUCUUUAUUCCAUCUUGUUUGCUACUGAAAAUUAUCCGAAUAGCCAACAUAUGAUAUAUAUCACACAGAAACAUAGUAACAUGGUUGGGAUGGUUACGGGUUUAACUCAUCACUUGUACAUUAGGUAAUUAUAUAUAUAAUUAUAUAAGUAUAAGGUCAUAUACAGACUGUAACGACGGUGAUACAUCGUGCAAGUCAUCAAGGUCACCAAAGGUCAGAACUAUUAACUUUGAUGCCAUCUGCUGGUGUCUAAUUUCGUUUUAAAUUCUGUCAAUUGGUGGUGUUGUCAUAUCAAAGGAAACUUUUACUAUCUGUUGGUUUGGAAGGACUGUGUUGGUUUAAGCGUAGAUACAAGGCUAACCCUUGUUUCAUCUGGCCUUAACACCAGAAUUACACAUUUUGACAGAUAAAUGUCUG